CACCCGAUAUAUAUCUAUAUCUUCAAUAGUUUGUUUGUGUUUUGUCUUCAGAUUAUGGAGUCUGCAGAUGGUCAGCGGGGGCGGGACGGCAGUGGCAGCAGGUGGAAAGGUUCCCCACUUGAUGUGAUCAUGAGUCAGAUCCGCAGGAAGCGCACGGCCUCAGACAGGAAGCCGUUAGGACGCUUCCUGUCGUGGACCUCGGACCGGCCGGGGAUCCCCGAGGACGGAGAAUCGGAGAUGAAAGAGGACAGAGGACCGAACUCAGGCUUUGCAGCGUCAGCAGAGAGUGAGCGGGACGUCGGCUGGGGUCGAGUGUGUGUUUUCUUGAAGAGACUCGGGAAGAAAGCUGACAACAGGAGCCUCAGUUUGGCUCACUGUGAUCUGACGGCUACAGACCUGCUGGAGCUUGCAACGUUGCUGCAGUUCCUCCCCCAGGUGGAAGAGAUGGACAUCUCCUGGAACGAGUUGAUCGGUGGAUCCCUGACGGCUCUGACGUCUCAUCUGCAACACGUGGGCGAGGUCAGGACGCUGAGGCUCUGCAGCUGCAGGCUAAAUGGCGAAGACGUCGUUGCUCUUGGUGAAGCUCUCAGCUACAUCCCUGCUCUGGAAGUUCUUGAUUUGUCCUGGAACAGCGGCGUUGGGGGCGGUGGUCUGCAAGGCCUGCUGGGGAACCUUCACCCAUCACUGAGGGAGCUCCACCUGGUGGCCUGUCAGCUCACUGCGGCCGAUGCUACAGUGCUGGCUGCCGUGUGCAGACGGGGCUGUCUCUCCUCACUCCGUGCACUGGAUCUGUCCUACAACAGCUUGGUGGGAGACAACGGUUGGUGCAGUCUGUUUGCAGCAGGAGGUCUGGGCUCUCUGGAAGACAUGGAUGUCAGUUUGCGACCUUCAACCUCUGCUCCGUGCUCAGCCUGGCUGCCCGCUCUGCUCCGUGCUCUGCCUCAAAUGCCGGCGCUGGCUCGACUGGCCAUGCAGAGGUGGACAGCUGACUGCCAGGAGAGAGAGCAGCUGAGGUACUGUCUGAAGAAGAGGAGCGUCCUGCUGGAAUGGGAUCCAGAUUUACAAGACACAUCAUCAGCAUGUAAAGGGAACAGUCAGGAGAGCCUAGAAGAGAGUCAGCCUGAGGAGUAG